GUCCACUUUUUGUAUUCGUUGGCUCUCUCUCUCUCUCUCUCUCUCUCUCGUUCUCUUUCUAUCCUCUUCGUUUCUUUCUUCGCUCUCCGCACCUUCUGUCGCUCGCAGUAUCCCCCAACCACCCCGCCGAUUUCUCUCCCCGCGCGGCGAGAGUUCGCCGAAUCUCUGGACCGAGCGACGGGAGUCUCUCCGGAAGGCGGGACUACUUCUGUACCGAGGAACCCGGCCGCCGCUGUAUGUUCGCUCCGGCGGUGGGCUCGCCGCCGCUAAUGCGGGUGAUUCCGACGGCCGGGAGGAGGAGGAGCAGCAGCAGCGGAGAGGAAGCGCGAGAGUUCCCCCGGAUGAGGAGGUGUUCUGAUUUGAUGUAGAGCGCCGACGAGGGAGCGGGACUGGCGGAAAAAGAAAAUGCAUGAGGCGUUGUUGCUGGAUGAGCGGAGUUCGCUGACGAAGAAGAAGAAGUCGUCGUCCGAGGAGGAGGAGGAGGAGGGCGGGAUUAGGGUCACGGUGGUCUCCGACAAGGACGGCCGGAAGCCCCCCCUGGAGCUCGUCGUGGCGCCCCCGAUCGUCGUCAGCCGGAGCCGAUCGCAGGCCGGGACCCGACGGGUCGCCCCGGCGGUGGCCACCGCCGCCGGGAGGGCCGUCGAGAAGCCUCUCCCCAACGGAGAUCUAUACAUCGGGAGCUUCUCGGGGAAUGCGCCGCACGGAUCUGGCAAGUACCUGUGGGCCGACGGUUGCAUGUACGAGGGCGAGUGGAGGCGGGGCAAGGCCUCCGGGAAGGGCAAGUUCUCUUGGCCCUCCGGCGCCACCUUCGAGGGCGAGUUCAAGUCCGGCCGGAUGGAGGGCCUCGGGACCUUCGUCGGCGCCGACGGCGACACAUACCGCGGCUCCUGGAACGCCGAUCGGAAGCACGGCUACGGCCAGAAGCGGUACGCCAACGGCGACUUCUACGAGGGCACCUGGAAGCGGAACCUGCAGGACGGGCAGGGCCGGUACGUGUGGAGGAACGGGAACGAGUACGAGGGCGAGUGGCGCAACGGCGUGAUCUCCGGCCGCGGCGUGCUGACGUGGGCCAACGGCAACCGGUACGAAGGGCACUGGGAGAACGGGGUCCCGAAGGGGAAUGGCGUGUUCAUCUGGCCAGACGGCGGUCGCUAUUCCAUCUCUUGGAACAAGGACUUGAAGAUUCAGCAGCAAUUGGAGGGGGCGUUCUACCCGGGCAACGGGAAGAGCAACGACGCGGCCUAUGUCGCCGAGCAUUUGAUGCUCGCCACGAUGCGGAAGCGGUCCUCCGUGGACGGCGCGAGGGGGAGCUUGACGGAGAGGAACUUCCCCAGGAUAUGUAUUUGGGAGUCCGACGGCGAGGCUGGGGACAUCACUUGCGACAUCAUCGACAAUGUGCCGGCGUCCAUCUUCUACCGUAACGGGAUGGGGUUCGGCCACGACGGGUUUACGGAUUUUAGGAGGGGACCUUGUUGUUUCAGUGACGAUGCCAAGAAGCCAGGCCAGACGAUCUCGAAAGGGCACAAGAACUACGACUUGAUGCUCAAUUUGCAAUUGGGUAUCAGUUACUCUGUCGGGAAGCAGAGCGACCUGCGGGAUUUGAGGCCGAGCGACUUCGAUCCGAAGGAGAAGUUCUGGACGAGGUUUCCGCCGGAAGGAUCAAAGGUUACGCCGCCCCAUCAAUCGGUGGAAUUCCGCUGGAAGGAUUAUUGCCCAAUGGUGUUCAGGCACUUGAGGGAGCUGUUUCAAGUGGAUCCUGCCGAUUACAUGGUAGCGAUUUGCGGCAACGACGCAUUGAGAGAGCUCUCUUCGCCGGGGAAGAGUGGCAGCUUCUUCUACCUUACCCAGGAUGACAGAUUUAUGAUAAAAACUGUGAAGAAGUCCGAAGUUAAGGUGCUUAUAAGGAUGCUCCGUAGCUAUUUCCAUCAUGUCCGCAAGUACGAAAAUUCCCUGGUGACAAAGUUCUUCGGUGUGCACUGUGUCAAACCUAUCGGUGGCCAGAAGACCCGGUUCAUUGUCAUGGCGAACUUGUUUUGCUCAGAAUACCGAAUACAUCGGCGGUUUGAUCUGAAAGGAUCCUCCCAUGGCCGCAUGACAGAUAAACCCGAGGAGGAGAUUGAUGAAACAACAACCCUGAAGGAUCUCGAUCUCAAUUUUGUAUUUCGCCUGCAACGGAGUUGGUUUCAAGAGCUCAAGACGCAAAUCGAGCAAGACUGUGAGUUCUUGGAAGCAGAGGGAAUAAUGGAUUAUAGUCUAUUGGUUGGUCUUCAUUUUCGGGAUACCAGCACGUGUGACAAAAUGGGGUUGUCUCCGUUCGUGUUGCGAACUGGCAGAAAAGAUUCUUAUCAGAAUGAAAAGUUCAUGCGGGGCUGCCGUUUCCUUGAGGCAGAGCUACAAGACAUGGACCGAGUUUUAGCUGGCAGGAAACCCUUGAUACGGUUAGGAGCAAAUAUGCCUGCGAGAGCAGAGAGGAUGGCUCGGAGGAGUGAUUUUGACCAGUACACUCAAGGGGGCGUGAGCCAUUUGACGCCUUCACGGAACAGCGAGACAUAUGAGGUUGUUCUAUACUUCGGCAUCAUCGACAUCCUACAGGAUUACGACAUCACCAAGAAGAUAGAGCAUGCAUAUAAAUCCUUCCAAGCUGAUCCCACCUCUAUCUCGGCGGUGGAUCCAAAACUCUAUUCCAAGAGAUUCCGGGAUUUUAUAGGAAGAAUCUUCAUAGAGGAAAGGUAGCUGCUGGAGGGAAAGGGAAGUGAAUGGAGAAAGGAAUAGACUUGCGGAUGAACCAAGGAUCGUCACCACAUGAACCCUGGAGCGGCAAUUAAGAUUCAUGGUGGAUCCUUCGGAGGUUCGGAGUGCGAGAGUCUGUAAAUUGGAGGCGUCACCGCCGGUGCAGAAUUUGAUGCCGUGGGUAAGCACCUCAUCACACGCUGGGUCCGUGGAUGUUCGGCUGAAUUUUGAUUAAAUCAGUCAUUGUGAAGGGAAAAGGGGGAAGGGCAAAUACUUGUACAUUGGUUGGGGAUGGGAGGGGUAAUUUCGUUUUUCUUUUUUCCCUUCUAUUAUUUAUUUUCCCUCGCUAUUUUUGAUUUUUUUUUUUAAUGUGUUUCUUCUAGAAAUUUUGUGGGCAAGGGCAACCAAGGACAUGUGAAGAUUUUGAAAAGGGUGGGGGGGGAUGGUAUAGGUAAGAGAAAAUGUUUUCCCCAGAGGAGUGAGGGAUUCAAAAAAAGAAAAAAGAAAAAUGGGAGGAGACCGUGGAAUAAGGAAUUGUACAGGUCAUAGAGAUUUAUGAUGAGGAAAUUAAAAAAAAAAAAAAAAAAUGAAUUGUUAUUAUUAUGGUGAGAUA